AUAACCCGAAGCCCAAACCCGGCGCAAUGCCAAAGAAUUUCAAACCCUACAUAAACCCUGAACUUUUUUCCCACAAUCUUUUACGGAGUAACAUGUUAAUGGCGAUUUCUUGUUCAACAAGAACCCUCUAAACCCUACUAACCUCAUAAAACUUCUCUGACGGUUUUUUCUUACAGAGAGAAGGAAUAGAAAUUUGUAAAGAUCGGAAAUGGCGAAUGUUAAUGCAGCUGGUCUUAUUGCAACCAUGGCAGCUGCAGCUUUAGGAGCAAAACCUGCUUACGCAGAUGGGUCUUUCAGCUUCUCUCCAUUUUCACCUUCUACGUCAACGACCCAACCCACUCCUCAGGUUCCGGAUGCUGACUCCAGAAAUUCGCCACAGCAGCCACCUCCGGCGGAACCUCCAAAACCUCGCAAUGAUCAUCCCAGAACAACAUCGGCUGGAUUCGACCCAGAAGCUUUGGAGAGAGGUGUCAAGGCUUUGAGAGAGAUUAACAAGUCUACCAGUGCAAAACAGGUUUUUGAGGUCAUAAGAAAGCAAGAGGAUACAAAGCAGGCAGAGUUAUCUGCAAAAUUGGCUGAGUUUAAAGCUUUGCAAGCUCAAGCUGAAACUGAGAGGCAAAGAGUGAUAUAUGAUGAACAGAAAAAGCUAGCUCAGCAACAGGCUCAAAUUAAGUCACAGAUGGCUCGUUAUGAAGAUGAGCUAGCAAGGAAACGGAUGCAGGCAUAAAAUGAACAUCAUAGAGCAAGGAAUCAGGAAUUGGUAAAGAUGCAAGAGGAGUCGGCUAUGAGACAGGAAGCAGCCAGAAGAGCAACGGAAGAGCAAAUUCAAGCACAACGCCGGCAGACAGAGAGGGAAAAGGAAAAGAUGAAACAGGAAACUAUCAGAAUACAAACUUUAGCUGAAGCAGAAGGAAGAGCGCUUGAAGCGAAGCUUGCUGAAGAUGUUAACAGGAGACUGCUACUAGAACGUGCAAAUGCAGAAAGAGAAAAAUGGGUCUCAGCUAUAAACACAACCUUUGAACAUAUCGGAGGAGGGUUGCGUGCAAUAUUAACUGAUCAAGAUAAGUUGGUUGUGGCUGUUGGUGGUGUGACAGCCCUUGCUGCCGGUGUCUACACGACAAGAGAAGGUGCUAGAGUCAUUUGGAGUUAUGUGGACAGAAUAUUGGGACAGCCAUCAUUGAUCAGAGAAUCAUCCAGGGGGAAAUACCCUUGGUCGGGUUUCUUUAAGCGUGGCUUGAGCACUCUUUCUAAAGGUGGAUCUUCAUCUCAGGCUGAAAAGGGGCUUGAGGAUGUUGUUCUUAACCCCUCUCUUAAAAAGAGAGUUUCUCAGCUUGUUAGGACUAUGACUUUUACAAAGGCACAUCAGGCACCAUUUCGUAAUGUCCUAUUCCAUGGCCCUCCUGGGACGGGGAAGACGUUAGUUGCUAGGGAGAUUGCUCGUAGCUCUGGGCUUGACUAUGCACUGAUGACGGGAGGUGAUGUAGCGCCACUUGGUCCUCAGGCUGUCACCAAAAUUCAUCAACUGUUUGACUGGGCCAAGAAGUCCAACAGGGGCCUGCUACUAUUUAUUGAUGAAGCGGAUGCAUUUUUAUGCGAGAGGAACAAAACAUAUAUGAGUGAAGCUCAAAGAAGUGCCUUAAAUGCCCUUCUCUUCAGAACUGGUGACCAGUCCAAAGAUAUAGUCCUUGCUCUAGCAACAAACCGCCCAGGCGAUCUCGAUUCAGCGGUCACAGACCGUAUAGAUGAAGUUCUAGAAUUUCCACUCCCGGGCCAAGAAGAACGCUUUGAGUUGCUCAAACUUUACAUGGACAAGUACAUAGCUCAAGCCGGGGCACGGAAGCCGGGCAUUCUUUCCCGGUUCCGGAAACCAACCCAGAAGAUAGAGGUCAAAGGUUUGACUGAUGAUAUUCUGAAGGAAGCUGCAGCAAAGACACAAGGGUUUUCUGGGAGAGAGAUUGCCAAACUGAUGGCAAGUGUUCAAGCUGCUGUUUAUGGUAGCGAGAAGUGUCUUUUGGAUCCGAGUCUCUUUCGUGAAGUAGUGGAUUACAAAGUUGCAGAGCAUCAACAAAGAAGGAAGUUAGCUGCUGCUUCUGGGGAUGGGAAAGGUCUUUGAUAUUUCUAAGCAUCGUUGAUUUUGAAUUAGAUAUUUAAAUAUUUUAUUUUAGUAAGAUGAAUUAGCAUACGUAUGUAUAUGCUAUUGAGAAAUCAUCAUUCUUGUUCCUCAAAGAUGCCUAUAUUCAUUUCCCUUUAUGGAAUUUUGAUAUUCAGGAGUCCUCAUUAGGAGCAUGACCUUUUUUUGGAAGUAUGCUCUUAACUUUAAUGGACAGCUUUAGCUCACUGUAUCUUAGGCUACAUAGGUAAUAAAUAUGGAGUAUAUUUGUUGCUUCAUUUGCUGGAUGCCUGUAUCUACGGACUACGAUUCCAAUAGCAAUCACAUAAGCAUUUU